AACAAAACGGAAGCCUCAACGCUUCCACCAAUCAAGAAAUGUCAUCCGCAGUCAUCCGAGGCGCGAUGAUGCUCCAGACAUCAAUGGAACAUCUGAUUCGCAGUCUUUCUGCAGAUUGCAUCUUCUCCGACAUGUUCUUCCCGUUCACUGUUGACCUCGAAAUCCCGAGACUGUUGUUUUACCCUUCUUCUAUCUUUUACCACUCCAUUUUCGAUAGCUUGAAAGUUCAUAAACCUCACGAGAAAGUGAAAUCGGAAUCGGAAAGCUUUGUGGUUCCCAAUUUGCCAGAUAAAAUCACGAUGAAGAGGUCUCAGGUCUCGGACCUUUUCAAGUACAAGACCCAAAUGGGUGAGAUGAUGGAAACCAUUAAACAAUCGGAGAAGAAAAGUUACGGAAUAGUCCAUAAUACAUUUUACGAGAUCGAACCAGAUUAUGCCGAUCAUUUAAAGAAGAUUAAUGGAACGAAAAUCUGGCAUAUUGGUCCUCUGUUUCAAUAUUUUAUUAGCGACUGCCGGAGGACGUCGGAGAAGCACGGUUGUCUGAAAUGGCUCGACUGUCAAAACCCCAAAUCGGUGAUAUACGUUUGUUUCGGAAGUAUGGUGAACUUCCCAGAAGCUCAGAUCACUGAAAUUGCUUUAGCACUUGAAGAUUCUAAACAACCGUUUAUUUGGGUGGUGAGGAAGAAGUUUGGAGAUGAAGAAAUCGGUGGGCUGCCGGAAGGUUUUCAGGAAAGGAUUGGAAAGGAAAACAAGGGCUUGAUCAUAACGGAGUGGGCUCCACAAGUGGAGAUUUUACAACAUCCGGCUGUCGGAGGGUUCUUGAGCCACUGCGGGUGGAAUUCCGUGCUUGAAGCGGUCGUUUCCGGUGUGCCAUUGAUGACAUGGCCGUUGUACGCCGAUCACUUUUACAACGAGAAGCUGGUGGAGCUUUUAGGGAUUGGAGUCGGCCUAGGGGUGGAUGUUUGGAACUCUAGUUCGGUGAUCACCAGUCCAAUCAUCGGGAAACAGAGUAUAAGUGAUGCUAUUGAGAUAUUGACAGGUAGAUCCGCCAUAGCUGAAAGCAUAAGACGCAACUCAAAAGAGGCAGCCAUGAAAGCUAAACAUGUUGUUGAAGAAGGUGGAUCUUCUCAUAACAGUUUAAUGGCUUUGAUAGAAGAUCUGAAAGCCAGUAAAUUGUCCCCAAAACCUUGAAGCAGCUGGCGCACUUUGAUAGUCAAUACCGCUAUAUUUACGGGUAGAUGAUGAUGUGCCAUUUUAAUAUUUGAUGUUAAAGGCUUUAAUAUUUUAGUUAAUUAUUUAUCAAUUAUGAUAGAUCACUAUUCUUUA